UUUCUCUGGACAGACUCCAAGGGGGGACUUGCACUCAAGUAAAAUGACAUUGUCUAACAUUAUAAUUGGAUAUUUAUUUUUAGUCCGGUGGGCCGGAUUCGGUCUGCGGGCCACUAGUUGAUGAUAGCUGUUUUUACAUGAUCUGACAACAUAAAUCCUUGAAUCGUGUUUUUCUUACUGGUCGGUUAAUUUACAUCCUGUGUUUACAUGGAAAAUAAAAUCUUUCUUAUUUGAACUAAUCAGUCAAACUCACUCUAAAUACAUUUGACUUUAUUUACGACUCCUUUCAGGAGCUAAAUUCCAGAACAACCUCUGAAGUCACACAUGUUUGUGCAUUCCCCAACUAGAUGAGCUCAAUUGCUUCUAUUUUAUUUUUACAUCGACUUCAUGAAACUCUAUGUCCCCGUCAUUCCUGCGUCUUCUUUAACAGCGGCCUCUUCGCAGCACUGAGUCGUCCAUGAGCAGCCACUAACCUUUAACACACCUUCAGCAACUUUCCCCCAGCACAGACCUGAGUCAGUGUCUCUUAUACACCUGUCUCAUUAAAAGCAAAGCGGUGCUUCCUCAGAGUAUCACAGGAACUCAGUGAUGUGCACUUCCACACACUGGGACUAAUUAAACCAUAUUCAUACACAGUCGUUUGGUGUCAGAAAAUUAAAAUUUAAUUAAACUUGUUGUCAGAACUUUUUAAUGGGAGAGAAAAUGCAUCUGGUGAUAAAGAACUUUAUCACAUCAUCGAUCAAUCUGUUAAACGACAAAUGACGCCACGUCCUGUGAAUAUGAACGCUGCACCGUUCCAGUUGUUGAGAGUGAACCUUGUCUGACCCUGACGCAGAUACUACUGUACUGUCACACUAAUCUGACUGUCGGCGUAAAACACACACACCGUUUCAUUCACAUUCAUCUGCCUUGGAGGACACAUUACUGAUAAUGAUGAGGCUUUUCAGCCUGAUACCUAACGUCGCCAUUAAAACCAUCGUCAUGGUUCCAACAGCUGACAUAGAAUUAAUUGAGCAGGUGAUGACAAGAGAGAGGAAACACAAAAAGUGCAGAAUAAAUAGAAAAAUAAUAAUAAAAAGUCUCACCACCAGACAGUAUUUAAAUUGGUAUUAAACGCUGUGAUAGCUGAAUCAAAUCGAUGAGUGUUGAGAAAUACCAUAACAAUAAUUUCCAUCCUUAUCUCCCCAAAACACGUAGCCUCGCCUCACACACACAUACACGCACACACUCACUCACACACACACACACACAAACACAAAGACCUGCCCAGCCAUUCUUGUCAGGACACUGCAUUGACCCCCCACCCAUUAAUUUGGAGAGAUUAACCAAACCCUAAUCCCCAAUGUCAGACUUAACCACCCAAAUUCUAGACCUAAACUCAUCCUAACCACAGACCACGUGGUCUAAUCCUGACUUUAACCAGAUCCUGAGAAACGAGGUCUAGUCUCAUCAGGACCAAGACCCGACACUGUCAGGAGUUGUACAAGAACAGGUCCUAAAAAGGCAACAGAAAUGAGCAUACGUUCACACACAAAACAUGAAGUGAAAGGAAGGGAAGAAGAGAAUAAGAAUGAAAGGCAGAGAGGAAAAAGAAAGAGGGGGUGAUAACAGCUUCAAUAAAUCAUUCGGGCCAGUCGCUGCUCCCUGGGGAUGUGGGAUGGAUUAAAUUAAGCACUCUCUCUACCUACUCUCUCUCCCUCUCUCUCUCUCCCUCUCCCACCCCCUUCCCCUCUUUCUCUCUACAGUAUAAAUGCCAACAGCUGAUCAGGAGACGGCACACGCACGGAAACACGUCGCUGAAGCUGCAGAAAGAAAGGACCAGAAGGAAAGAAAGAGCUAGAGAGAGAGAGAGAGAGAACAAGAGGGAGAAAGUUAGACGAGAAGAGGAGAAAGAGGGGGAUGCAGAAAGUCGGGAUGCUCAUGAGGAGUCGUUUUGUGAUUUUCUUUUUUCUAUCGACCUCAGUAGUCGCUUUUAACGGGAAUUGAGGAAUUAAGGACUACAACCAAGGACGAAGGACGCAGUGAGAGUGACAUUUAUUCUGAAAAGCGUCCAGAAAACACCGCCCUUUUAUUUUUUUUAAACCAUCAUUCCCCUCGAACAAUUCAGUUACUCUUUAAUCUGAAGAAGCCCGUGAGCAGAGUACCUCAUAUAUACAUCCUGUUUCCACUUCUUCUUCUUCUUCUUCUUGUUAUUCUUAUUAUUUGUCUGCUGUUGUUUCCAUCUCUGGAACACGGAGGACGCGCGGCUUUCCCGACGGGAGCUGUCCGGUGCUGAAGUUGCAUUUCACAUUCUCUGCACAAGGACUUGGACUGCAAGACACGAGGCGGCGAGAGGGACGGUAGGAGCCACGCGGAGCACCGGUGGACACCAAGUGCUUUCCUGGAUUCGUUUACAGCUUCCGUCUCUUUCUGUAUCUGAAGAAACAAAUCCUCAUCUGCUUCACCUGCCUUGUUUUGUGAAAUCUCCAAGCUGGCCAGGCCGUCGGCGAUCGCCUGUGUUUGCGAGUGUGUGUCGUCGCGUUUGUGAGUGUGUGUGUGCGUGUGUCGGUGUUGCAGCACCAUGCCAAGGUCUUUUUUGGUGAAAAAGGUAAAAUUGGAUGAUUUCUCCACUGGGGCGGAUCUGGAGCACGCCUACCGGCACAGGACGGACCUCAACCUGCGGCUCCAUGACAAAGCUGGCUACAUCAGUGACUACAUCAGCCCUGUUGUCUACGAUGCUGAGAGUGACAGUGGGAUCAAGGUGCCCUCUCCUGAUCCGCUCUACGAUGGGAUCCACAGUGACUACGGGGCCCCGGACUCGGAGUCUCCUGGCAGCCCCAGCUCCGAAAUCACCGACGGCUACAUCAACGGAGACGCUGCAGUGAGUGAGGGUUACACAGUCGAUGCCUUCUUCAUCACAGACGGCCGCUCUAGGAGAAAAGGCCUCAGCAGUCCCAGGACCAUUCAGAGGCACACGUGCAACGAAUGCGGCAAAACCUACGCCACCUCCUCAAACCUGAGCCGGCAUAAACAGACACACCGCUCUCUGGACAGCAAGCUGGCAAAGAAAUGUCCCACCUGCGGGAAGGUGUACGUGUCCAUGCCUGCCAUGGCCAUGCAUUUACUCACUCAUGACCUCAAGCACAAAUGUGACGUGUGCGGGAAAGCGUUCAGUCGACCUUGGCUUUUACAGGGCCACAUGCGCUCCCACACGGGCGAGAAGCCGUUUGGAUGUGCCCACUGCGGGAAAGCCUUUGCCGAUCGCUCAAACCUGCGAGCUCACAUGCAGACGCACUCGGCUUUCAAACACUUCAAGUGUAAACGCUGCAACAAGACCUUCGCACUCAAAAGUUACCUGAACAAGCACUACGAGUCUGCCUGCUUCAAAGGCCCCUUCUCUCCACUCAGCCCCUUAGAUGCAUGACCCCCCGCCGACAGAUGAACCCACAGACUAAACUGCAGCGAUGAAUUACCUUAAUAUCCUUAAAACACUAACUGCAGACACUAAAACAGACAAAUCUAUUUUUGGUCCAAACGUGACCUUGCUUUUCUCCCUCCCUCCCCCACUUAACACCCCUCCCUCUAAUUUACCCAUAUUCUUGCCUUCCAGUGGAGCCGACUCAUGACGACGAUGAAGAUAGCACAAUUUUUUCUCCUUCAUAUUUGUCCACUAAAGGAUUUACCUGAGCUACGCAUGCACUUCCUCCAGAAACUCUUCUUCACCUCCUUUUCCUCUGUCGGUUUCAGAUAGAGACAGUAAGACAUAAAACAGCUCCGUUCUGGCACCUAGAUACAUGAGGCCAUAUGUUUCAGGACACUGAGGACGGGGACAAGGACAUAGACAAUAGUCAGCCUAUAGCUACUAUAGCGCCUCCUGCACUGAGAUACAGUGAGAGAAAAAAAUGUGAUUUUUCUUUUUCUUUUCUUUUCUUUUUCAAGGGGGGUAAUAAUAGUAAUAAUCAUAAUAAUAGUAAUAAUAAUAAUGAUACUAAUAAUAUUCUGCUGCACCAAGUGACCAU